AUGGCCUCCAAAUCCCUCUACGCUAUCAUCGCUGGCGUCGGUCCCGGCACUGGCCGCUCGGUCGCAUUGAAGUUUGCUCAAAAGUACCCUGUGGUACUAUUCGCCCGGCGACCUGAGAGCUACGAAAGCACUCUCAAGGAUGUUAAAGACGCUGGUGGAAAAGCAAUUGGCAUCAGCACUGAUGUCUCGGAUCCUGCAUCGUUGAAAAAGGCCUUUGACACCAUUGGCAAGGAAUUUCCCGACAGUCAACUCGCUGCUGCAAUUUACAAUGUCGGCAGUGGUGGUUUUGCUAGAAAGCCGUUUUUGGAGCUCACUGAGAAUGAUCUCAAUGCCAGCCUUGAUGGAUCUAUCCGAUCUUUCUUCAACUUUGCCCAAGCCACAAUCCCUCAUCUUCUUAAAGGAGUCCCUGAGUCUCAAUACCCACCUACCUUGAUCCUUACGGGCGCCACAGCUUCAGUCAAGGGCUCUGCGCUGUUCAGCACCUUCGCAGCUGGCAAGUGGGGACAGCGAGCUAUGCACCAGUCGCUUGCGCGCGAAUUUGGACCUCAGGGUGUGCACAUUGCUCAUGCUGUCAUUGAUGGAGUUAUCGAUAUUCCUCGAACCAAGGAGUGGGCUGCUAAUAAUGGUGUUGAGGAUGGCAAGAUCAGUCCCGAUGCGAUUGCUGAGGCAUACUGGAAUCUUCAUACUCAGCAUCGAUCGGCUUUUACUCAGGAGAUUGACAUUCGACCAUAUGUCGAGAAGUGGUAA